UGAGGUCCUUUGGUACUGAAGACCGUCCCACAGAUAGGCCUGCUCCCCCAAGAGAGGAAAUUUAUGAGUACAUCAUUUUCCGGGGAAGUGAUAUCAAAGAUAUUACUGUGUGUGAACCUCCAAAAGCUCAGCACACACUCCCUCAGGAUCCUGCUAUUGUUCAGUCCUCCCUGGGCUCUGCCUCCGCCUCGCCCUUCCAGCCGCAUGUGCCUUACAGCCCCUUCAGAGGGAUGCCACCGUAUGGCCAGCUGGCAGCCAGCUCCCUGCUCAGCCAGCAGUAUGCUGCUUCCUUAGGUCUAGAGAAGUUGGUAAGCCCUCCAGCCUCAGCCGCUGCUUCCAGCCCUAGUUCCUCUCCAUCUCCACAGCCUGUUUCAGAACUUGACAUGUCCUCAGAGCCACCUCAGCUCACUUCCAAGGGAGCUGGUUUUCCAUCUACCCCAGUCAGCAAGAGCCCCAUGGUGGAGCAAGCUGUCCAGACUAGUUCUGCUGAUAACUUGAAUGCUAAGAAACUGUUACCCAGCAAGGUUACCUCGGGGACACAGCUCAAUGGUCGCCAGGCUCAGCCAAGCAGCAAGACUGCCAGCGAUGUAGUCCAGCCGACACCUGUGCACACCCAAGGGCAGGUGAAUGACGAGAACAGAAGACCUCCACGGAGGCGGUCAGGCAAUCGGCGAACAAGAAAUCGUUCCAGAGGGCAAAACCGUCCAACUAAUGUUAAGGAAAACACAAUCAAGUUUGAAGGUGACUUUGAUUUUGAGAGUGCAAAUGCCCAGUUCAACCGAGAAGAGCUUGAUAAAGAAUUUAAGAAGAAAUUGAAUUUUAAAGAUGACAAGGCUGAGAAAGGGGAAGAGAAGGACCCAGCAGUGAUGACCCAGAGUGAAGAGACUCCUGCUGAGGAAGAUCUUCUGGGGCCCAACUGUUACUAUGACAAGUCCAAGUCCUUCUUUGACAACAUUUCUUCUGAACUCAAAACAAGUUCUAGGCGGACGACAUGGGCUGAAGAGAGAAAGCUGAACACUGAGACCUUUGGGGUGUCUGGGAGGUUCCUUCGUGGCCGCAGUUCACGUGGUGGAUUCCGAGGAGGUAGAGGCAAUGGGACAACACGGCGCAACCCCACUUCCCACCGAGCUGGGACUGGCCGG